AUGGCUAUAUAGGACAAUGGAUCCAACCGGGACAGCGCAAUUCAUCCGGAAAACGAUUCUCGCUGUUGUAGUUUGGCGUGCUAUAAUACACCGGCUUGUCUGAUUUCUCAGAGCCCGGCAUGCCAACCCGAGACGCAGUUCAUGGUUAACAAAACAGACUUCUGCUUGAAAGGGAACACGUUCAAAUUUUCAAUCACCCCGGAGUUCGGGUUUUACAACGGGACCGUACAGUGUCACAUGCGACGUGCUCGAACUGGGUCGUGGACGCGUUUGGAUUAUGUGCUGGAUUUUAUGAAUACCGUUGUGGGCGCAAAGCGGUGGGCCUACGGUGCCAGUGUACCCGAAUGGACUAUCGCACAUUCCACCCAGAUCAAUGGAGAUUCUCGAACCAGUAUCACAUUAGCUGAGGGUUUGCAUAUGGACGUGGAGCAUUCAUCCUUCUUGAAUGGAAUAAAUCGUACAGAAAGCCAUGCGUCAGGCGAAGAGAAACACUCAACUGACGAAGACCGAAUGCAAGAAGCGAUUCUGGUGGCCACGUAUCAAAACAAAUCAAAUUCUUACGACUACGUUAUUUACCCGUUGAAAUCCUUGGAACGCGGAGAGUACGGAUCCCCCUCGGAGCAUCGUCCUCUUAUCGAUCGACCGAUCCACAGUGACAACGCGUUUACCACAGUGCAAACUGUUCGUCCACAUAUUUACAAUACGGCUACCUGGCGCAGAGCUGGCUGUGACCUGAACAUAUCCCAUUUUGUUCGACCCCAACGAAUCUAUCGAAGCAAUGAGGGCCGAUCGAUUGAUCUGUUGCCUCUUCAGCACUCGUUUGUGUCACGUUCGGGCAAACUCAUUCCAGCGGGACUGGAAAGGGAACGCGAUAUGAGUAAACCUUAUCGGUUUGCUUUGCACGAGAAAAAUGUCGAUUGGCCGCGUGUGACUAUGCGCAUGUUCGGUAAUCGCUCACUGAUACGUGAAUCGUUCUGCGGAAAACCCGGUCUGGCUCGACAUCGGUUGGUCCUGCUCAAGCAAGACGACGCACGCAGUGGAAAGUCGGUUCUUCAACCGGUAUUCAAAGCUAAACUUCACGCGGAACAUUUAACCGGACGGGAAAGAAAAUUCAUUUUGCAAAUCACAGGCCCAGUCCGUUCGGGUUCCGAGUCACCUGUAAUCAAAUUAGGUCCGGGUGAUCUCACGGAAUUCCCUAGUGCGGCAAUCCUGUGUUCCGCUCCCUAG